AUGAGCCCUCCGCUUACUCGCGCACAAGAAUCAGAAAAUUUAAAUGUUGUUGCCUUACUAGUUCCAAAUUCUUCUUCACCUACUCCAGCUUUGUUAACCACUCAGUCUAAAGUAUCUAGUUCAAAUUCUGAAGAACCCGCCAUGUCCGAUUCCAGCAAAUCUCCGACUCCGUCUGCCGGAGCAGUUCUACUUUCAAAAGUCAUCAAACUCGAUCAGGUGAAGACUCUUACUCGUGAUGGGUCCAAUUGGGAUGAAUGGGACUACGACAUCGAACGAUUUUUGUUUUUCACGCCUGGCGCCAAAUCUUACCUCGAUCCUUUGAUGGUCAAGACUCACAGAUCUUAUGAUGAGGAGAAAGCUGAUUAUGUAGAUGGUGUCUUGAGUUGGACAAUUGACCGGUCAUUAGGAUUAUCCAUACGCCAUCUAGAAACUCCGUCGGCAAAGUAUGCAGCUUUGAAGGCUCAAUUCUCUGGUAUCUCGUUUGCGGCUAGAGUAGCCAAUCUUAGACAAAUUAUCUCGAUGAAGUUCGAUUCAAACACUACAACUAUCAACGCACACCUAGCUUCGAUGAGAGACAUUACUGAUAGACUUUCCAGAAUUGGUCUCACCAUCGGAGAUGACACUUUGGCAAUAUUACAACUAAUCAGUAUGCCCGAAAAUUUUAAAUUUCUCGAACACACUUUUGAAUACAAAAUCGACUCAAAUAAAACUUCUUCUAUCUCAUCGGUCAUCCAUUAUGCAAGUAGACAUUAA